UUUGGAGUGCGCGGGGCCGGCUGGGCCGGAGAGGGCGGCGCGGCGGAUCCUCCAGUGGCCUCGGACGCUCCUUCUCGCCCGCGGCUGCCGCCCGCCUCCUGCUCCUUCGUCCUGGCCGGGCCUGGCCGCCACUUCCGGCCACUCACCUGGGACGCGCUCACCUGCCUCCGGGCGCCUGGGCACCAGGAUGAAGGACCGGCUGGAGCAGCUGAAGGCCAAGCAGCUGACACAGGAUGAUGAUGCCGAUGAGGUCGAGAUUGCUAUUGACAACACAGCUUUCAUGGACGAGUUCUUUUCUGAGAUCGAGGAAACUCGACUCAACAUUGACAAGAUCUCAGAGCACGUGGAGGAAGCUAAGAAGCUCUACAGUAUCAUUCUGUCUGCACCCAUUCCAGAGCCAAAAACCAAGGAUGACCUGGAGCAGCUCAUGACUGAGAUCAAGAAAAGGGCCAACAAUGUCCGGAACAAACUGAAGAGCAUGGAGAGGCAUAUUGAAGAAGACGAGGUCCAGUCGUCAGCAGACCUUCGGAUUCGGAAAUCCCAGCACUCCGUCCUCUCCCGGAAGUUUGUGGAGGUGAUGACCAAAUACAACGAGGCUCAGGUGGACUUCCGUGAACGCAGCAAAGGGCGAAUCCAGCGGCAGCUCGAGAUCACCGGCAGAAAGACAACAGAUGAGGAGCUGGAGGAGAUGCUGGAGAGUGGGAACCCUGCCAUCUUCACCUCGGGGAUCAUCGACUCGCAGAUUUCCAAGCAAGCCCUCAGUGAGAUCGAGGGACGGCACAAGGACAUCGUGAGGCUGGAGAGCAGCAUCAAGGAGCUUCACGACAUGUUCGUGGACAUCGCCAUGCUGGUGGAGAACCAGGGUGAGAUGUUAGAUAACAUAGAGUUGAAUGUCAUGCACACGGUGGACCACGUGGAGAAGGCUCGGGAGGAAACAAAAAGAGCCGUGAAGUACCAGGGUCAGGCCCGGAAGAAAUUGAUAAUUAUCAUUGUGGUAGUGGUUGUGUUGCUGGGCAUUUUAGCGUUGGUUAUUGGACUUUCCGUUGGGCUGAAGUAAGGGCGGCCCGGGAGGCUGCUGCCCUGAAAUGUAAGUAAAUGGAAGGUACUCGGGGACUCUGGAUUGGCUCCCUCUUGAGAAAUGAGCCUGGGAUUUAAAAUUCUGCUUCUUCUCCCUGUGGUUGUCCUUGGACACACCGAGCACUCUAAGACUUCAGUACCUGUGCGUCCUUUCAUCUAUGUAACUCCCUAUUCUCGGGUCCCGGCUGCAUACAGGGGUUGGGUCUCCUGUUUGUUCCUAUUCUGUGGGUUCUGUCCCCGCUCUUUGUCCUGUUUCAACACCGUUCCUCAUUUUCCGAGCACCUCAUUUUCACUCCCCUUCCCCGGCAAGCCUGCUCCUCCUCGGUUGGGUGCAGUCUGUGUCUGGGAUCUGGGGUUUGUCUUGUGAGUUAUUACUGGCUUUCAGGUAUCUUGGGCUUUGCCUUCCGUAUCCUUUUCAGUGUAAAUGAAGCUUUGAAUCGGGAUUUGGGUCUGUAGGGUUUUGUUUGUGGUUGACGGGUUGGAUCUCGAACGAUAAGAGUAGCUAACAUUUUUGAGGGCUGGGUUGUAUCAGACAAUGUACUAAACACCUUACACGUGCAUCACUGAGUCCUCACGUCGCCCGCAUGAGACAGGUGCUAUUACCAUCCCUAUUUUACAGAUGAAGAUGCUCAGGCUUAGAGACGUUAGGUAACAGGGGCAUGUUUGAACACACAGCUAAUAGUGGACCCAGCUUCUCUUUGUAAAACAAGGUGGCGAUUUAUCAUCAUCUAUAAAGUCUAGAGAACCUUAGAGGAUAGCAACUUUAAAAAAAAAUAUUUAUUUGGCUGUGUCAGGUCUUAGUUGUGGCAUGUGGGAACUUCUGUUGUGGCGCACGGGUUUCUGUCUCUAGUUGUGGUGUGCGGUCUCUCUAAUUGUGCGCGGGUUCAGUAGUUGCAGCGUGUGGGCUCUCUAGUUGUGGUGCGCGGGCUCCGUAGUUGCGGCGCGUGGGCUCUAGAGUGUGUGGGCUUAGGUGCCCCGUGGCAUGUGGGAUCUUAGUUCCCUGACCAGGGAUUGAACCCACGUCCCCUGCAUUGGAAGGCAGAUUCUUAACCACUGGAUCACCAGGGAAGUCCCAAUAGCAACUUUAAAAUUCAGGAUAUUAAUUUCUUUAAAAUCUGGUUAAAAGAGUAGAGCUGACCACUGAAUCAGGGUUUCAUGUGUACAGCAGUAGCAUGACAAGAAUCAUCUAGUUAUUGGCACUGUAAAGACUUCUGUGACUUCUCAAGUAUUAUUUUUCUGAAUACGUGUAUGCUGCCCAGUUGUGCUCUAGGAUAACAUCAUCACCCCAUCUUCAUUGGGGAAGCUUUGUGAAGCUCAGUGAAAUUAGGAACUUGCCCGAAGUCUACACAGCUCGCAAGGCAGAGCAGGUGUGACGCCUGAACUUUUCUGCAUCUUUUUUCACUGUGCCUUUCCGCCUUCUAAGAUUAGUGGGGGAUACGGGGACUAAGGAGAAGGUGAUUCUCGUGCCAGCAAGCUUCUGAAACUUGUAUUCGAAAGGUGCUGAUGGGAGCCCCACAGACAGAACAGGUGUUUUCCACCAGCGAUGGUGCCUCUCUUCCCAUAAGUCCUUCCAGGGGAACGCGAGAGCCCCUGGGAAGGGCCGUAAAAGGCCCAGGGAUUUUCCUGGUUUUCUGCCUCCUGUAACAGGGCUUUUGGUUUCCUGUGCGGUGGGGUAUUUAAUUCCAGGCCCUGUCGUGGGUGCGCCGGUUGGAUUUCUUGGGCUGCGCUGAGUUCUCCAUUGUUCUCUCUCUGCGGCUCUCUCCGGUCUUCCCUCUCCGCCUUCUAGGUGUGCGGCUCGUGGCUGGGUCUGACUGUUGUCCUUCGCCAUCACCCCGGGCGCUGACCAGCUCCUCCUCCCCCUGCCUCUUGUAGAGCCCAUUUCACCCCAGCCGGUGUGGCCACCCCUGUCUUCGGAUGGGAACGCAGUGUGAAUGGCCUUCCUGAGAGAGAGUGGGACCUGUUCCUUUGUUUUCUUGUAACCGACCCUGGACCUGACCCAGCAAACGGUCUAGCCCAGGAGGACUCUAAACUACUGAUGCAGCCCUCAGAGCCUUCUCCUGGCCCACCAACUCGGAAGCACCUUCUCCCGGACUGGAGGAACUGCCCCAGCUUCUCCUUGUCCCCUCCGAUGUGUCACAUUAUGCCCCGCACCUUGGAGAGCCUACCUGAGACCUCCCCAAGGUGCUGUAUUUUCUACCUCAUGGAGUGUUCUUCUCCCCAGAAUCGCAGUGUAUUUUUGGGGCGGUGGGGGGAGAUCAUUAACAAAGCAAGGGGAUUCUUCCAAGUCUGGCAACAGUGAGGCUUGGACCUGAGUCUUCUACCUGGCAGGAUCCCAGUCCUCAUGGCUGGCUGUCCCUGUCCUGAAAGUAGGAGGGACUGGCAGAGGUCGUUCUGGUCUUGGAAGCUGACUUCUUGUUUGAAAUUCAGCCUCAAAUUAAGCUCUUGGUGUGUUCAGCUCGAUGGCCAACUCGAUCUCUGUCUAUGCUCUACUCCCUCGUGUUGACUCAAGGAGGCGCUGCCAGGAGACAGUCGUCUGAGGUUACCGUCUGUAAAGGCUGGGGGUAUGGAGUAACUGUUUCCGUGUCUCAGUCUUGGGAACUGGCUGUUUACUGUUAGAGUGAUGCUUUGUGAAGCCAUUGCCUUGAGGCCCAGAAUAACCAGGCACUAAAAUUAGGCCAGGGAUGAGGUGCUUGAGUCUCAGGCUCUGGGAAUGUUUCAGGCUGGGGCGAGUAUGAAUAUUCAGUCAUUUCAUGGGUUCCAAGUGUAUUUUUAUAAUUGUGUGUGUGAGAUGUAUGUACCUAUAUGUAUGUGUCUCUCAGGAAGUAGGAAACUGGAAAUGAGGAUAUUAUAACCUCAAAAAAAUAACUUGAGCUAGGCUAAAAAUUAGGUAAGAGACAUUUGCUUACCUGCAAAUGAAUCAUAGUAGAAAUGUGAUCUUCCCACGUCAUUGGGAAACCUGCUGUUGUCUGCACAAGCGCUCGGAGAGUCACAGAUGGUUGGGGUGAGGACUAACUUGAUCCCCAUUAGGUUUUUAGCAGACAGGAGGUGUGACAAGCCCGACACCUCUCCCCACUUGCUGCCUGGGCUAGGCUUGUCCUGAGAACAUCCCACAGCAAUUUGAUAUCGUUCAUGUGACCUUUGGGAUGUCCUGUCUCCAGGACGGAGUCAGCUCGGGGAGGCCAGGGUCUACU